AUGGGUUCUUUGAAAAAGAAUGGUGGUGCGAUUCUGUCGAAGAUAGCGACCAACGAUCAACAUGGCGAGAAUUCGGAGUAUUUUGAUGGAUGGAAAGCUUACGACAAAGAUCCUUUUCAUCUUUCUCGCAAUCCCCAUGGGAUUAUCCAAAUGGGUCUUGCGGAGAAUCAGCUUUGCUUGGAUUUGAUCAAAGAUUGGAUCAAAGAGAACCCAAAAGCUUCUAUUUGCACCCCUGAGGGUGUUCAUCAGUUUGAAGAUAUCGCUAAUUUCCAAGACUAUCAUGGCCUGAAAGAGUUCAGACAGGCGAUUGCACAUUUCAUGGGAAAAGCAAGAGGUGGAAGAGUGACGUUUGAUCCGGAGAGGAUAGUUAUGAGCGGCGGUGCCACCGGAGCCAAUGAAACUAUCAUGUUCUGCCUUGCCGAUCCCGGCGAUGUUUUUCUCGUUCCCUCCCCUUACUACGCCGCAUUUGAUAGAGACUUAAGGUGGCGUACAGGUGUCGAGAUUAUCCCAGUUCAUUGUUCUAGCUCCAACAAUUUCAAAUUAACCGUCGAGGCCGUGGAAUGGGCCUAUCAAAAAGCCCAAGAGUCCAACAAAAAAGUCAAAGGUCUGAUUUUGACCAACCCAUCAAACCCACUCGGUACGAUGUUAGAAAAGGACACACUCAAGAACUUAGUCCGGUUCGUCACGAGGAAGAACAUUCAUCUAGUCGUCGACGAGAUCUACGCAGCCACGGUCUUCGCCGGAGUAAAUUUCGUGAGCGUCGCCGAGGUGGUCAACGACCUGGAUAGCUAUGAAGUCAACGUUGACUUGAUUCACAUUGUCUAUAGUCUUUCUAAAGACAUGGGACUUCCUGGUUUCAGAGUUGGUAUAGUCUACUCUUACAACGACUCGGUCGUAUCAUGCGCAAGAAAGAUGUCCAGUUUCGGACUCGUUUCGUCUCAGACACAACUCAUGCUUGCCUCGAUGUUGUCUGAUGAUCGUUUCGUGGAGAAUUUCCUUAUGGAAAGCUCGAGAAGGUUGGGGAUAAGACAUGGAGUUUUCACCUUAGGGCUCAAGAAAGUAGGGAUUACUUGCUUGUCAAGCGACGCGGGUUUAUUCGUGUGGAUGGAUCUGAGACAUUUACUUAGAGAUCGUAACUCGUUUGAGUCUGAGAUCGAGCUUUGGAGAAUAAUCGUCAACAUAGUUAAGCUCAAUGUAUCUCCAGGAUCUUCCUUCCGUUGCACGGAACCUGGGUGGUUUAGGGUUUGCUUUGCUAACAUGGAUGAUGAUACACUCCACGUGGCGCUUCAACGGAUCCAAGAUUUCGUGUCCAAGAACAACAACAAGAUCAGUGAGAAAGCGUCGGAUAAUAAUGACCAGAUUAUUCAGAACAACAAUGCUAAGAAGCAGAAAUGGAGGCAGAGCAAUCUCCGACUAAGUUUCCGACGACUUUAUGAAGAUGGACUCUCGUCGCCGGGGAUAAUGUCACCACAUUCACCUCUCCUCCGAGCAUAA